UCUCAUCUGAAAGCAACAUGAACAUACAGCAGUGUGUCACGCUGACAACAAGGCGAGAGAAUGAAAAUAGAAAAGAAAAAAAAAGUGUGGUUGUCCAUUUCCUGUCAAAACCUUUUGUCUGCUGAUGCUGAGAGUAAGAACUAGGAAGAGAAACUCAAUGCUCGCUGUUCAGUCUAGUCACUGGUAGUUCAGAGGAGAUCUCUCGUUCUCUUACAGGGUCUCUUUCUUUCUUUCUCUUCGAGUUUCAUUUUUUAACGGUUUGUUCCAUGUGCAAAUAAGGCCAUGAAGCGAGCAUCGAAGGGGAAAGGUCAGGACAGUUCGGGCAGCUCUCUGCUCAGUCCACAGGAGAAUGAGAGGCUGGAGGAGCUGCUGGGCAGGAGGUGUGUGUCUCUGUCCUCAGCGGUCGUGCAGUUACUUAUGGCUCUUCCGAGUGAGCCGAACCAUUGGACACCACAGCAGUCUGGAGUAGUUUGUUUCGUCAAAGACAGUCCUCUGCGCUCCUUUUUCAUCCGUCUCUAUGACAUCAAGGCAGGGAAGCUGGUGUGGGAACAGGAAAUCUAUAACCAACUGAUGUACCAAAGGACCAGGCCUUUUUUUCAUACUUUCCCUGGAGAUGACUGUCAAGUGGGGUUGAACUUUGCAGAUGUAGGGGAGGCUGACAAUUUCUUUGCUGUAGUGGAGGACAAGAUCAGCCAGAGAAAUUGUCGUUUUGAGAAACAGCAGAAAAAAGGACAAGAACGUAGAGAUCAUGGAGCUUUGCCACCACUUCCUCGACCAAAUGGCUCUGGCAUUCCUACCUCUUCUCCCAUGCCUCCUCUGGUACCAAGUAAUAUCCAGAACCAAAUUACCACUUCCAAAUCAAAGAAAGACAAGAAAGAGAAAGACAAGAAAAAUAAAAAGAAAGGAUCCAAACUGUUGAAGGGGGAUAUUGGAGCACCCAGUGGAUUCACGCAUGUCACUCACCUUGGCAUGGGUUCCAACAAUUUGGACCCGGACCUGAUGAAAAUUUUGUCCUGCGCUGGGAUCAGUGAAGCAGAUAUGAAUGAUUCGGAAACCUCUCAGCUCAUUUAUGAUGUCAUUGAGCGUUCAGGUGGAUUGGAGGCUGUUAAAAAGGCUGUGACCGAGCAGGAGACUCCUCCUGUUCCCAGUGGACAUCGUGGUUCUCUUCUCCAAGUGCCAUCUGGGUACUCCUCAGCACCGCCACCACUACCUCAAGGUCGAUUGGGGCCUCUACCGCCUGUCCCGGGUCAAUGCUCUGGUCCACCUUCUCAUCGAGGUUCCCUUCCACCUACACCUCCAAGAGCAGUUGCAUCACCACAAACCCCUGAGGGCCGCGGUGGUCCUCUGCCAGCCCGAUCUGCAUCCUUAGGUCCCCUGCCACCGGUUCCUGCCGGAGGCCGUACUGGACCCUUGCCUCAACCUCCAGGACACCGCAGCGCACCCUUACCACCUCCAUCUGGAGGUCGGAGUGGAGGUUUACCCCCACCACCACUUCCAGGAGAACGUAGGGAGUCUUUAGCCCCUGUUCCAGGAAAGAGACCUGGACCACAAAUGACCGAAAGACGAGGUAGCUUUCUUCCGCCCCAACCUGCUGGGGCAGCUCCACCACCACUACCACCAGGUGUGAGGAGCGCACGCUUACCCCCACCUCCGAGAGACAAUAGUGAAUGUUUGCCACCUCCGCCUCAAUCUAAUAUGCCAUUACCUCGUCCCCCAUCUGAUUUCUUCCCUCCUCCACCUUGUGAAUCAUUUCCUCCUCCUCCACCUGAAGACUUUGUUGAUUCUGUGCCUCCACCUCGUCCCUUUGAAUCCAACUUUCCUCCCCGAAGCAAUUCCUCGGGCUUCGCCCCUCCACCUCCUCCAGUCUCAUCCAAACCCAGUGCAGGCGGUCCGCCUCCGCCACCUCCUCCUCCACCUCCUGCUGCUCCUUCUCCAGUGAACUUUGAAAGCAACCCCUCAUCUCCAAGUGGUCCACCACCUCCAGCAUCCAGCGGUGGGGAAGGAGGUAGAGGAGCAUUACUUGCCCAGAUACAAUCAGGGAUGAAACUCAAAAAGAACUGUGAAAAAAAUGCAGCGCAGUUUCCACAAAAAUAUCGAGCAGCACAACUGUUUUCAACAUUGAUAAAAAUAAAAAAUGUCUCUUGAGACUGGAGUAGUGCAUGUUGAAAAUUCAGCUUUGCCAUCGCUGAAAUAAAUUACAUUGCUAACACUUUACAAUAAAGUUCAUUAGUUAACAACAUUAGUAAACAUGAACUAAGAAUGAACAAUACUUCUACAGCAUUUAUUAAUCUUAGUUAAUGUUCAUUUCAGCAUUUACUAAGGCAUUAUUAAAAUCACAAGCAAUGAACAACUGUAUUUUCAUUAACUAACAUUAACAAAGAUUAAUAAAAAGUGCAAUAAAUGCAUUGUUCAUGUUAGUUAAUACAUUAACUAAUGUUAACUAAUGACACCUUAUUAUAAAGUGUUACCAUUACAUUUAAAAUAUAUUACAAUAGAAAUGUUAUUUGAAUUUGUGAAAUAUUACACAAUAUUGCUGAUUUUACUGUUUUUUUUUUUUGGAUCUUGUGAACAGCAGUGUAAAUAUUGUAUUUCCUUGAAAAGAUAAGGUCAUUUUAGUGUUCAAAGCAGGUAACCUACUUACAAGAUCCAAGCACAAAUAAUGUUCCUAUAAGCUUCACAUUAUUGAUAAUGGUAUGAUUAAAGCAUAACACUCUACACAAGCUAUAUACAGUAACAUCUUUU